AUGGACGACUCUGAAAAUCAACCACUGUUACAUCCCACAUCCGCUCUGUAUGAAACGCUUUCCUACGAGUCCAUACAGGAUAUCAGGCCAAAUGGACGUCCUGUGUCUAGCCGCAGUACAAUCCCCGAGACAGCCACCUACGGCCGCAAUGUCACCUGGUCGAGCGCCUAUAUUCUGGUGAUAUCGCGCGUCAUCGGCAGCGGCAUCUUCGCAACCCCGGGCUCAAUCGUGAAGUCGGUCGGAAGCGUUGGUUUGGCGCUGCUGGUAUGGCUCGUGGGCACGAUCCUCGCGGCAUGCGGCCUGGCUGUGUCUAUGGAGUUUGGCUGUAUGCUCCCUCGAUCUGGCGGCGACAAGGUCUAUCUCGAGUAUACGUAUCUGCGCCCUCAAUUCCUGGCGUCGACGUUGGUCGCCGUUCAGGCUGUUUUGUUAGGCUUUACGGCAAGCAACUGCAUUAUAUUCUCCAAGUACACCCUGUUUGCUCUGAACAUUGAGCCUACCGAGUACCAGCAAAAGGCUCUGGCAGCAGGUCUGAUGACCGCCAUUACCAUUGUCCACGGGUGCUUUCUUAGAACCGGCAUAUGGAUACAGAACCUCUUGGGAUGGAUGAAGAUCUCCAUGAUCGCAGCAAUGACACUGACUGGGCUCUGGGUGAUACUCUUUCGGCGCGCGGACUCCUCCAUGUUGGUCUCGAAUAGUAUUGAUAGGACUGGAUACGACGUCUUUCUGUGGGACAAUCUGUGGAAAGGGUCGAAUUGGAGCUGGAGCUUGCUUUCAACAUCCCUCUUCAAAGUGUUCUACUCGUAUGCCGGGUUGAAUAAUGUGAACAACGUCCUCAACGAGGUGCAGGACCCUAUCCGGACAGUCAAAACUGUCUGUCCGUCCGCUCUCCUUACUGCCUGUUGUCUUUACCUGCUGGCAAACGUCUCCUACUUCCUCGUCGUUCCAAUCGAGGAGAUCAAGAACAGUGGUGAGCUUGUUGGGGCCCUCUUGUUCGAACGCGUCCUCGGUCAGCAUGUUGGCAGGACCUUGUUCCCUCUGGCGAUUGCCAUUUCCGCUGCAGGAAAUGUCAUGGUAGUCACCUUUGCCUGGGCGCGAGUGAAUCAGGAGAUUGCUCGACAGGGCUUUCUCCCCUUUUCCUCCGUGCUAUCAUCGUCUCGCCCGUUUAGCUCUCCCCUGGGCGGUUUGAUUGUGCAUUAUGUCCCUUCACUUUUGGUGAUCGCGCUUCCCCCUCCAGGAGACGUGUACAAUUUCAUUCUAGAUGUCGAGGGCUAUCCAGGCCAGAUCUUCGCGUUGGCCAUUGCAGUUGGCCUCCUGAUUGUGAGGCGACGUCAACCUAAUCUUCCACGACCUUUCAAAGCAUGGCUCCCUGCGGUCUGGCUCCGAAUCGUCGUGUGCGUUGCUUUACUGGCGGCACCGUUGAUUCCUCCUCCGGACAGAAAGGGCGACGUGGACUUUUUCUACGCAACUUAUGCAGUCGUGGGAGUUGGAAUCAUCUACUAUUCAUCAAAUUCAGAAGCAAUUACAACCGAGAACAUCCGGACUAUGGCAUCAGCAGCUGUUCAACUCCCAACUACGCAUGAGCCUCGAGCUCAAAGCAAGUCUCUUCCUCCGACUGCCAAUGCGCGGCAUCAUGUGCAGACCACUCUUAAUUUCCUGAAAGAGAACGAGGAUGGUUCUCCCCCAGCUCCUACUUACGUCGGCAAGCCAGAGACCUACUACCGACCUUCGGUGACGCUGCCAGUUACCGUCCACGAUGUCAGCGGCCACGAGCUAGAGUAUACACUGGACAAGAACGGGUUCCAAUUUUACUACCACGAAAGCAAGGAGAAGGAGUUUCUCGACGAUGAGAAGAUCAAGCGGGAGUACUACCCAGAGACGGAGCAGCUGCUCAAAGAUGCCACUGGUGCAUCCAAAGUCUUCAUCUUCGACCAUACGAUCCGCCGCAAGCCGCAAGAUGAACGCACACCCGCCGCUCAACUCCGCGGUCCCGUCCAGCGCGUCCACAUCGACCAGUCCUACGCAGCAAGCAAGGACCGCGUCUCCUACCAUCUCCCCGACGAAGCUCCAGAGCUCCUCAAGGGCCGAUACCAGAUCAUCAACGUCUGGCGGCCCAUCAGAACCAUCCUCAAGGAUCCGCUGGCCGUCGCAGACGCGCACUCAGUCCCGGACGAUGACCUUGUCCCGACAAAACUGAUCUAUCCGAACCGGGUGGGAGAGACGUACUCGGUCAGGCCGAAUCCGGGCUUCAAGUGGUACUUUCGGUACGCGCAGCCUCCGGAGCUGGUGACGCUGAUCAAGUGCUUUGACUCCAAGACGGAUGGGCGGGCGAGGAGGGUGCCUCAUUCUGCGUUUGUUGAUCCAGCAACCGAGGGAGAGGCGCCGCGGGAGAGUAUCGAGGUUCGCGCAUUGGUGUUUCAUCCGGAGGAUCAGGAGUAG